GAUGGCACUUCGCAGCCGCUACCUUGUGUCCAUACGAAAGCCAUUGCACCUCCAUUGAACAAUUGGGGCAUUGACAACUUGCUCUACGUUGUUAGUACCAUACGACCACCCUGAAAGUAUAGCCUGUUGAGGAAGAGUGACAUCAAGUGAGAGCUCCAGCCAUGUCGAACACUCAAGUCGUGUCGUCGUUAUACCGACGCUCCCUGAAGCUUGCUUUGGACUGGUCCGUCCACAGAUACCUCUGGAGAGGCCAAGCGCUCUAUCUCCGAUCGUUGUUCGAGACCAAUAAAAACAUCAAGGACCCACGGCAACAGAGGGCGCUUUUCAGGGAAACAGAAGACUUGCUUGAGAAAUGGAAGCACCCAGAUCCAUACCGUGUACCGACAAGCCCAGGAGGUUCCAAAUACGAGCGCAACCUUCCACCAUCUACCCUUGAGCCCCCUACCAACACGAACUUAUAGAGAUCAUAAAGAUGGAGCUUGGUGCAGUGCUUGGUGCAGUGGGAGGCUGCUCAUUGUAUAUAGAGAAUUAAGAGCUUCAAAUGCACAAUGUUUUACCAGUUUUUGUGACUGUCUUUAUUUACGGAUCGGGUUGCGAGG